CUUGCAUCAGGUGUGUCACCAUCUCUGAUGAAAGAGGACCCUGGACACGUAUAAAUAGGUGUCCUGGGCUCUUGAAUCACUGUAACAGACCCCUCUCCUGCAAACUCACCUUGGAGACAAGGUUUCUGCAGGUACUUCAAGUGUCUGUCCAUGUCUGCAAGCACUACAUCCACCUCCCCACAGUCUCGGCAGUUUCCAGGAAACUGCAGCAUGGAGAAGGCCCUGGAAGCCAUUGUGAAUAUCUUCCACCAGUACAGUGUCCGGGAUAAUGAGCUCGACUUACUCAGCUUCAAGGACUUCAAGACAUUGCUGCAGGAGCAGGCAUCGAACUUCCUGCAAGUUUGUGACAGGAAUCGUCGCGACUACUUGUCUGAGCUUUUCAAAGAGACAGACAUAAACCAUGACAGCCAGAUUAGUUUUGAGGAGUACACCACCGUGUUGGCCAAGCUGGCUGACUAUGUCCAUCGCCUGAGCCAUGGCCAAGACCCCUGUAAGCCAGAGAAGGAUUGAAAUUUCCAUGCAUGUCCUGUGAAAACCUCAGCGGAGGUUGCUUAUAGGAAUUGGGCUCUGACUGCUUUCUGUCUGCUUGGAUCAUUCAUGCUUAAGGGACAAUAAAGCAUCACUUGAAGUUCACUGAGUCUUUAUUUC